AUGUACCAAAAUGCAUUAAAUCAUACAAAUUCAGGUUAUGGAGGAAUGAAAGCAGAGGAGAAAACCAAUUAUCUUAAUCAAUCCGUAAUUACAGGUUAUAUUAAAGGUAUUUCAUCCUACAUUCCAAGUAGUAUUAAAUCAUCAAUAAAGAAACAAAUUAUGAAUUCACCUGUAACAUUUGAAGAAAAAGAUACUAUAGUUGGUACUUAUUUUGAUGAAUGUUUUAUUCAAGGUGAAAAACAUAAAAUUUUAAUAAAUUGUUAUAAUAAUGGUUUUCAAGUUUGGGAUUUAAAUCAUACAGAUGGAGUUAAGGAAUUGUUAUCAUGUAGAGAUGGACUUACAAAAUUUUGUAAGGUUUUAACAAAUCCUUUAGAACCUGAUAAUGAAUCAUCAUCAUUUUAUGGUAAAAGACCAUUAUUAGCUGUUGUUUCAGGUGAAGAUAAUCCAAAAGUUACAAAAAAUAUGGUUAGAAUAUUUUCAUUACAAACAACAGAAUUAAUUAGUAUGUACAAAUUUAAGUCACCAAUUUAUAAUGUAUUAUCGAAUCAACAAAUUAUAUUGGUGGUGUUAAAAGAGAGAAUUGUAGGAUUUAAUGCCAAUGAUAUGAGUAAAAUCAAAGGAUUAUCAUUACCUUGUUAUCCAAGUGUAACAUCAUUGGGUGUAAUUGCAUUGGGAUCUCGUUGGAUUGCAUAUACAGAUUAUGAAUCAUCCUAUUCAUUCAUUGGUGGUCAUCAUCACUCAAGUCAUUACUUUGGUGGUGGUAGUAGUAAUGGUAGUGGUAGUAGUGGCGGUGGUGGUGGUGGUAUUGGAUAUAGUCAAAAUCGUAAUCCAUCAGUACCACAAAAUCAAACCUUUAGUGAUACAGCAGUCGAUGUUGCCAGUGAUAUUGCAAAAGAGGUAGCACAGAAAUUAUAUUAUUUUGGUGAUAUUGGUAGAAAAAAAGUAUCAAGUUAUUUAUAUCCAGAAAAUCAUGAGCAAUCAAUUUUAGGUACAAGUCCAAACUCUACAUCAUCGUUGGCAAUGGGUAAUGCACCCCAAUUGGGUGGUGGUGGUAGUGGUGGAAUGAACGAUAAACCAGAUGCAGCAAGUGUUAUUGUUGUUUUUGAUUUUGUGAAACAAAGAAUAGUUUCACUCAUUAAACCACCUCAUACUCAUCCAAUCUCUUAUUUGGCUUUUGAUCCAACUGGUACACUUUUGUUUACAAGUACAACCGAAGGUACAAAAGUAAACACUUAUCAAAUUAUACCAUUUACAAAUUCUUUAACUAUAUCAUCUCCAUUAUCAACAAGUGUAAAUAGUAAUAAUAACAAUAAUAACAAUAAUAUAAAUAAUAGUAAUAAUAGUGGUAUUAUAAUUAAUAAUAGUUUAAGUUUAAAUAGUAAUAAUAAUAAUAAUAAUAAUACAAAUAAUAAUACAAAUAAUAGCAAUAAUACAACAAAUAAUAAUAGUAUUAUAGUUAGCGGUAAUAGUAAUAAUAACACAAAUAAUAAUACAAAUAAUAAUAUAAUAAAUAAUAAUGGUGGUAAUAACAGUAAUGGUAUAAUCAUUAGUAGUAAUAAUAAUAAUAAUAAUAAUAGUUCAAUGAAUUUUGAACAAUCAUAUAGACAUAUUUAUAUUUUAAAACGUGGUAUUACAAAUGCAUCGAUUCAAGGUAUUACAACAAGUGAAAAUAGUAAAUGGGUAGCAUUAACAACAUCUAGAGGUACAACACAUAUAUUUGCAAUUAAUCCAUUAGGUGGUGAAGUUGAUAUUCAUUCUCAUAUAACUCGUAGUCCAAAUAGUAAGAGACCAAUUGAUUAUUAUUCAUCGGUUAAUAACCUAACUCCAUCAUUGCUAACCAUUAAUGCAAUGGAUAGAAUUAAAUUAGGAAAUGAUAAUGAUGAAGCAUCCUCUUCAACCUUGGGUAGUGUUGUACAAGGUUGUUUAAUGUCUGGUGGUAAUGCUUGUUUCAUUGAAUCUAAUCAACCAAAUUUAGAGAAUUUAUUCGUUUGCUCUCCAACUGGUCAAUUGAUUCUCUAUGAACUUAGACCACUACGUCCACCAAUCUCAUCAGAAAUGGCCGAAAAUACUCUUUGCCUUUCAAUCACACCAGUGGCUGAAUGGGAUGUUUGUAGAAAAACUAGAUCACCAGAAUACAAAAGUCAAUUCAUUCCAUAUAGUUUAACAGAGAUUAAUAAACAACAACUCCAACAUCACAUGUCAAAAGAUCAAGAAGCAAGAUGGUUAUAUAAUGUUGAAAUUACAACACAUAGUCAAGAGAUUCGUGCAAUCUGGGGUGUACCUCAAUUUACAUUUAGAUCUUCAAAUUCAGUUUCACCCGCUGUCUCUUCAAACUCUAUGGAGGGUGGUAGUGAAAUUAACUUUUUCGAUCAAGAUUACCCAGUAGGUGAGGUUAUUAAAUUUGAAAAAAGAAAAAAUAUCUCCCCAAGAAUUCAAGAUGGUUAUGGUAGUGGUGGUUUUAGUACCUCUCCCUCUAAUGGUAUUGGUAUGGAUGGUGAAUAUAAAUCUGGUUCCUCUUUUGAUAAUCCAGGUUCUUACUUUGUAAAUAUCAAAGAUGAAGAUGAUAUUGAAAUUAUUGAAAAAUUAAAUGAUGCAAUGAAAACUCCAAUUUCAAAAUCAACUAUUCCAAUCCCAAUUAAUAAUAAUAAUAGUGGCAAUAGUUUUGGUAGCAACAACAAUAGUAGCAAUAAUAAUAGUUUUAAUAAUAAUAAUAAUAAUAAUAAUAAUAAUAAUAAUAGUAAUAGUGGUAGUUUUGGUAAUAGAGUUGGUCAACCUAUAACUAUAAAUAACGGUAACGGUUUUAAUAGUAAUAAUAAUAAUAAUAAUAAAAAUUUUAAUACCAAUAAUGGAUUCAAUAAUAACAAUUUUAAUAAUAGCCCAGAAACAGGAGGAUUUUUAAUGAAAAAAGGUAUAGAAGAUUUUGGUUCACCAAAUCACCAACAACCACCUCAUCAACAACAACAACAACAAUUUUUUAAAAAUAGUAAUAAGAAUUUAGAAAAAGAUUUAAUUCCAAACCCAAUGGUCACUAGGGAAAGUGGUUUAAAACAUUUUGAUGAUGAAGAUGAAGAAGAUGAUGAUGGUGGUAUUGAUAAAUUCACAGGUUUAGGUGAUGAGGAUGAUUUUCCAGCUUAUCCACAUUUAGGUAAUAAUGAUAAUAAUAAUAAUAAUAAUAAAUUCCCAAUUUCAUCAACAAAUGGAAUCCCAAUUCCUUUAGUUAGUAGUAACAACCACAACAAUAAUAAUAACGGUUUAGGAAGUAAUAAUCCUAGACCAAUUUCUUCUACACCAGCUCCAAUUCCAGUUUUACCAAAUACUAGUAGUAGCUCAUUACCAACUUUAAAAUCAUCUUCAAAUAGUAAUCCACCAAUUAUUAACAAUGAUGGUGAUUCUUUACCACCACCUCCAGUUACUCCAACUACUACCACCACCACCACUACAACUACCUCUCCAUCUGCUUCAAUUCCAAUCCCAAUAGCCAAGAAAUCACCAAAAGAAAAAAAUCUCGAAGAUAAUUUAUCAUCUAGUUAUUCAUCAAGCUCUUCAACUCAAUCAGCCACCUCACCAACUUCACCAAAACCAAACUUAUCUUCACCUCCAAAAGGUUCCUCAAAGAAAUCUAGAAAAUAA